UUCCCCCCUCCUAAUCUGGGCACUGCUUGCAUGCCUUCUCCCAGCCGAGGACUCGAAGGCAGGCCGAGGGUCCUGCCUCCCCCCUCUCCAUUUCUGUGGAAGUCGACUCUAUGGCCUCCCAUCUGGCAAGGGUGGCCACAUAGGGCGGGGGUCCUUCUUGGCUCCCUUCACAGCCCAGAAAGGACAGCAGCCUGGGGUUUGUUACCCGUCUUCCCUGCAGGGUCAUCCGCCAGUUUCAGUUUGCCUGCUGCGUCUAAUAGGCACUUCAGCAUCAUGUAUGAAAGGACGGAGCCUCACAGCAGGUUUUGGCCCGGGAACUCAGCCGUUGUCUUAGCCUCUGGGAGGAUUAAGCCAUUAUGUCAAAAUGUGCAAUUUCUUGGGGCAUGGCCUAUGUAAACACAGUUGUAUUUUGUACGGGUAGUGCAGACAGUUAUCUGAAAAAGAGAACUGGGUGCAGGUAAGAGCAACUGUGAGGUCAGAAGAGAGUCAGGCACUCACAUUCCUGGUGCAGAAGGCUUAGCCAUCCGUCCUCUGGGGAGGUGGGAGUGGAGGGCCCAGAGCAACUGCAGCUUAUUGGGUUCCUUAGAGUUCUGCCAUCUGGAUCAGCAGACUACAGAACGGAAUAGGGCUGAGCCUGCAGUGCGGGAGAAGCUUGUGGGGGAGGGGGGAUGAGUUGCAAAAUCAGUUCUGAGCUGUGGAAGGAGAACAGAAGCGAGGCCCACAGGGCACCCGCCUGGGCAGGGCAGCGGCCUGAGACUUCUGGACCCCUCUAUUUUAAGGCCAAUGACGUGACCCCAAGCGGAGCUAGGAGGAGGGAGCAAACAAUCCAGAAUCCCUGCUUUCCCAGCAUGAAAUCUCUACCCGUCCCCCGGAGCGGCUGGUGCUUGGGCAGCCAUUCCCAGUGCUGCAGUCUGCCGGGGAGUGGAGCUGCUGCUAAGGUGCUGGGACAAACCAUGACUGCUUCUCUUCUGGGAGGCCUGAGCUGAGGGCGCUUGCAGCAGGAGGCCCUGGGUUUAGGGGCGGAGAGGGGUUACCCCCGGAAGGGGGCUCCCGAGUGGGGGUAGAGGUUAGGCUAACUUGGCCACGACCAUAUUCUCAACUCCACAGGUCUCCGACCCCUGAGCUGCAGGGCCCCUUAUGAUUGGCUCAGUUCAGAUGAGGUAUUUUCCUUGGCUGGCUAAGCCAUGGUUUAAUCACUGGUUUCUAGGUUUGCUCCACUCUGGCCACAUAUGCUGAAAUGCCUAGUGGUGGAUGUGCAACCUGCUUGAAUAGUCCCGUUAAAGACCUGACAGCUGGUCACGCUGCACAAACCCAGCCUGUAGCUGAAUUUAAGGAGCAUUGAGAGGGAGGGUCACCUUUCACCCACUGUGCUCAGUGGCCAAAUGUGGGCCUUGUUUCGCUCUCCCCCCCACCUCCAAUUGUGUGGGUUUUUAACUGGACGCCUUCGAGCUGAAGGACAGGGCGGGCUGCAGCUUGAAUGCAGACGAGUAGCUUGCCAGGCCCGUUCUCCUUCAUGGGGCCAAGCCCUGCCUUGAGUGUGCAGAGGUCUGGGCAGGGAGCACGUUCAGAGAGAGCCCCAGAGCCUCUGCUGGGAAGAGCAUGGCCGGGGAGGGUGGGGAGCCAGCAGGGCAAGGGGGCAAAGUCUGACCCCUUCCACAGGGAAGGCUUGAGAAGCACACCCCUCCCCUUACCCGUAGCCAGGUGAGGCCUUGGGUAAGGGGAGUGGCAGGCUGGACAUCAUCAAAUGCCCUUGGGGCAGCUUCUGGGGGGGAGGGCUUGUGCAAAGCAGCUCAGCUGAGAGGGAGGGCCGAGAGGAUGGGCGAGGUCAGGAGCUGAAGCUGAAGCCGCCAUCCCAUGGCUGAGGAAAGCGAGCGGGGCUCAGCCCUGACGGCUGACCAGGCUCUGGCCUUGGUGUGCAUCUACCUGGUGACCCUCUCCCUCAGCCUGCUGGGCAGCGGCUCCAUUCUGGCCAUGGCCGUCCGCCGGAGACAAUGCUGCUGUGACCAGCUCCGGCCUCUCGUCCUCCUCUCCCUUGCAGACUUCCUGGGUGCUGCAGUGCUGAUUCCCACCAUGGCCAUCCACCUUCUUCCAACCCAGCACUUUGGGGCGGCCCACAGCUUCUGCCCGUAUGGGCGGAUGUUUGGCAUGAUGUUCUACGCCAUCUCUCUGCUGAUGGUGCUGGUGUACGCCUGCGAAGUGAACCGGGUGGUCGGAGGCUGGAGAGUGACUCAGGAGAACAGUUCUUGCUGCCCCAAUUUCCAGCUGGCUCUGCCCUACGCCCUGGCUUGGUUGCUCCCUGGCCUCGUGGCUCUGGCUCUGCUGGUCCUCCCGGGCAGGCCCCUAAGCAGCGUGGCCCUGCUCCAGCCUUGGCCCCAGGCCGGCCAGGACUCCUCAGGGGCCUCCAACCUCUCCUGCUCCAGCUGCCUGAUUCUCGUCCACCUCUCCCAGAACUCCUGCUCUAAGGCCCACAGACGGCCAGGCCCCCCUCUCCCACCCCAGCACUCAGGCACGGAGAGCAGCAUCUUCUUCCUGGUGUUUGUGGCCUUGAUUGUGGCCGCUUGUGCGGUUCUCUAUUGCAGGGUGAAGAGGUGGCAAUGCCAGGACCGCCAUGGGCUGCGGAGCGAGGCUCUUGCCGGCAGAAGCCACGUCACCCGCAGCUUCCAGCUGGCCCUCGUGCUCUGCUGGAUGCCAGCUUGCCUCCUGGUGGUGCUGUCCUUCACUGGCCUGCAGCUCUCCACCCUUUUCCCUCUCUUGGUGGCCACGGCUCUGACCGCCCCCCUCCAGGGCUUCCUGCACAGCCUGGUCUACGGCUGGCUGCGGGGGAACUUCCGCCAGGAGGUUGCGGGUGAGCGGCUCCGGCUGCAUUGCUCACCAGACCUGAAGGCCUUCUAUGAUGACUCCCUGGCUACGUCUGGCUAGCCCCUAAAGCCUUUCGGAUCCAGCUGCGCACGAGAGGCAGUCAAGCACCCCUUGAAUAAAACAUAACAGAAUAACUGAGUCCAACCCCCUGCGCAAGCAGGAGACCCUAUAUCAUUUCAGACAAAUGGUUGUCCUUCAACAUUC